CGAAGCUCCUUCUUUUGUUCUCGUUCCUCUGAUCUCUCCUUAAUUACAGCAUAUAAAAAAACAAAGUGAAAUAAAAGACACACUGAGAAAUUAAAAAAAAAAAAUCAUAAGAAGAAGGAAUAACACUGUGUGAAGAUUAAGAAGAAGAAAAAUGGUGUCUCUUCCCAAGAUCGGUUGCUCCUUCACUGUCUUUGUUCUUUCUGUUUUGUUGUUCGCCUCCUCUUCUGGCCUUUGCAAUGAAGAAGAGGACAAUCUUCUGCAAGGCCUCAAUAGCUACCGAACCGCUCAAAGGCUUGCGCCGUUCUCCAAGAACGACAAGGCAGAUUGCUUAGCCGACGAGAUAGCGGACAAGCUCGAAGACGAGCCGUGCACCAACCACACAGCCCUAAACGACGUCGUCCCUGGCUCGGUCCCUCCGAGGAUAUCUAAUUACCAAGACUUGCUCUCCAAGUGCAAGAUCGAUCCGAACAAAACCCGAGACGGCUUGAUCUUACCCGUUUGCGUGCCCAAGAGGGUCCCGACCUUAGUCCUGACAAAUUACACGCACACGGCUUAUUCGCAGUACCUGAACGAUUCGAGGUACGUAGGGGCGGGUGUCGGGUCGGAGGACGAGUGGAUGGUCGUGGUUCUGACCACGAACACUCCGGCAGGGAGCUUUGCAAGCGGAGCGAGCCCAGUCGCGACCGUGGGGUUAGGGUUUGGGUUCGGGUUAAUGGGAUUGGUUUGCUGGUUUAUGGCCUUGUGAGACCGAUGUGUUUUUUUUUUUUGUGUGUGCGCGCGAAAGCGGUGAAUGGACAUGCGGUUGUGUUAUGGUGCACAGAGAUCUCUCUUUGUUUAACCAUGGAUGAAGCAAGAGUGGGUUCUGUUUCUUGUUUUGUUUGCUAACGGAUUUUGGUAAUAAACUAAGUGCUGCGAAUAAAUUUGAGUGGA